AUGGUGAACACAUGGGAUACAGCACCGUUCAAGUGCUGCACCGCACAUAAAAGGAGGUCAUCACCUGUACUCCCCGCUCACAUCACCUCCUGUCCCGCACUCCCACACUCCCCCUCUCCCGCACUCCCACUUUCCCGCACUCCCACACUCCCCCUCUCCCGCACUCCCACCUUCCCGCACUCCACACUCCCGCACUCCCCACUCCCGCACUCCCCGCACGCAAACUCCCACACUCUCCCCCUCGUGCCUCGGAGGGGCAUCAGUACCUGCGGAGCGCACGAGCAGCAGGGAGUGCGGCGAGAGGCGGCAGGGGCGGCCGAAGCAGUAGCAGGCGAUGGGGACCAAGGAGAGCGCGCCUCCAGGGAGGAACGAGAGGCUCGCUCUCGUGCGACAGCAGCGACGCCCUCGCGUCGCCGCAGCGGUCGUCGCUCAUCGCGCGCGUCGUCGGAGGGAGCAGACGCGGGGGAGGCGCGCGGAAAGAAUCGGCGCGGACGAAUCGGCGGAAGAAUCGGCGCGGAGUAA